CGGGAGGAAGGCGGAGCUUUCGCGCGACCGCGCCGCAGCAGCCAAUGGGCGCGCGCGCCUCAUAUGACGUCAUCGCGGGCGUGAGGGGGCCCGGGGCUGGGGGGCGGUAGCGGUGUCAUGGCGGCGUACCCGGGGCAGGGCUUCCCCGGUGCAGGACAGGCCCCCGGCGCGCCCCCGGCAGGGCCCUACCCCGGGGCUCCCUACGGACAGCCCCCGCCCGGGGCUCCCUACGGAGGCGGCGCCGCGCCCGGAGGACCCUACGGCCAGCCUGGCCCUUACGGCCAGCCUGGCCCUUACGGCGGGCCGCAGCCCGGGCCCUACGGAGGGGCGGCUCCCGGAGGUAAUGCCCCCCCGGGCGUGGACCCUGAGGCCUUCUCCUGGUUCCAGUCGGUCGAUGCGGAUCGCAGCGGGUACAUCUCCGUGAAGGAGCUGAAGCAGGCGCUGGUCAACUCCAACUGGUCGACGUUCAACGAUGAGACCUGUCUGCUGAUGAUAAACAUGUUCGAUAAGACCAGGUCGGGACGUAUAGAUGUGUACGGCUUCUCGGCCUUGAUGCGCUUCAUCCAGCAGUGGAAGAAUCUCUUCCAGCAGUACGACAGGGACCAAUCGGGCUCCAUCAGCUUCAAUGAGCUCCAGCAAGCUUUCUCCCAGAUGGGCUAUAACCUGAGCCCCCAGUUUAGCCAGCUGCUGCUGGCCCGCUACGCCCAGCGAUCCUCCAACCCCAGCAUCCAGCUCGACCGCUUCAUUCAGAUCUGCAUGCAGCUCCAGAGCACCACCGACGCCUUCCGCGAGAAGGACACGGGGCUGGUGGGCAACGUGCGGCUGAGCUAUGAGGACUUCCUCACGAUGGUCGUGACUCGCAUGAUGUGACACCCUGGGCCGAGGGCUGCGAGCCGGCCGGGAGCUCUGCGGGGCUCCUGGGGAGCGGCAGCCGGCCCGGCCCCACGUGGGGAUGUGGCCGAGCCUCCUGAAGAGUGAGUUGUUCUCCCCGAGCCGGCUUUCCAGCCUGCUCUGCCCGAGGAGCCCUGACUCCCGCUGGGGCCCUCCCAGUUCCAGUUCCAUGUCCCCGCUCGAUGGCAGUGGGUGCCUCCACGCCAAACUGGAGCCCGGCUCUGGGGCCGUGCCAUGGGGUGGGACAGCCAAACCAGUAGCGAGCCUGUGCCAUGCCUCCCAGGGAGCGCCUAGAUCUUCCCUUGCCACACGCAAAAUCAUACUCAAACCCCACCUGCGCCGUCCCUCUGCUCGGCGGGAUGUCUGCAGUGGAACACCCCUGUCCCGGCACGCUUUUGGGGACUCUCCGGUGACCAAGAGCUGAGCCUUCAUUUGAAAAGCCGCAGUGAUAGCAGAGCUCGUCCUUCCUUGUCUCCCAGACAGCCCUCCCUCGCCGGGAGCGCAUCCAGCCCCUCGGCUGGGCUGGAAGGGCUCCGGCUUUCCUGGGGGACCGAGCCCGUUUCUCUCCGGGCUGCUGGAACGAGCCGCGUUGCUGGAUCAUCGGCCUCUGGUGUUGCCAAUGUCUGUUUUGAAGCCAUCUCUCUCUGCCCCAGCCAAACUCGGAAACGGUUUAGAGCUUAUUUUUACAGCUUUUGAAUAAAAGGCGCUGUGCACUG